GACCACCUUAUCACUAAUCAGUAUUCAGAGGGGCGAUUCCAUUCUCCACUUCCACGCUAAUUACCGGCGCCGAAUUGUCACUAUCCCACUCCUCUCGUAACUAAGAAACAACCAAAAGCAAAGCGAUAUUCUCAACGGUGCAUUGAUUCGAUAUCAUCACAAUUCGUCACCAUCGCCAUCACAAUUCACAACUUCCCAAACCUCUCGCCUCGCCAUGGAUCCAAACCCGGGAACCUUUCCGCUUCUCUCCUACGUCAUGUCUCGUCUCCCUUCCCUCACGCCCAGAACCGCCACAACUCCUUCCGAUUCCGACCAAUUCGAUAUCGAACAGCCUCGCGCUCCGGAAAUCGUGGGACAAAUGCCGCACCUCGCUGACCCGGAGUUGGUAGCCUCCAUGGCCCGGGCCAUAUCCGACGUGGAGCAGGCCCGGUCGGUGCUGAAGCUGAUUGGGGAGAGGCCCACUCACGAAGAAGUGGACCACGCUCGAGCCCAGUUGGCGGAGAUGGAAGCCCAGCUGUCGAGACAGCUGGAGGAGAUCGUGAUGCAGGCGAGGCCCGCGGAGAUGGAGAUCCACGUGUGGCGGGCCCAGCAGGCCCAGAAGGAGAGGGAAUGCAGGGAGUGGGCCGAGAAGGAGAAGCAAAUUUGGAAAUCGGUGUUGCAGCUGGACGAGAUGCACGAGGCGUACGAGAAGCUUCUGAAGGACGCUGAGAAGCGCUUGGUGAGAAUGUACGAGUCUGCUGAAGAUGGAGAUGGUGAUGGAGAAAAAACCGCUUGUGAGGAAGUGAACGAAGAGGUUGUGGGAAUACUGCAAGAGGCCUAUGGCAAAGGAAUGGAGCGAGUGAAUCUUUCUGGUCGCCAAUUGAAGCUCUUGCCUGAUGCUUUUGGUCGGAUUCCUGGCUUGCUCGUGCUUGAUCUUUCAAGCAAUCAGUUUUCGGCAAUUCCUGACUCAAUAGCUGGAUUGCAAAACCUCGAGGAGCUUAAUCUCACUUCAAAUCUUUUGGAAUCACUGCCAGAUUCAAUUGGAUUGUUACAAAAAUUGAAAUUGCUCAAUGUCUCUGGAAACAAGCUGACUGCCCUUCCUGAUCCCAUCUGCCAAUGCAGGUCAUUGGUGGAGUUGGAUGUAAGCUUUAACAAUCUAUCAUAUUUGCCAACAAACAUUGGGUAUGAAUUACCGAACUUAAAGAAACUCAUGAUUCAGUUGAACAAGAUUCGAUCUCUUCCCUCAUCUAUUUGUGAGUUGAAGUCCUUGCGCUAUUUGGAUGCUCACUUUAAUGAGCUACAUGGGCUUCCAAUUGCAAUUGGGAGACUGACUAAUCUCGAAGUUCUCAAUCUGAGCAGUAACUUCAGUGACCUUAAGGAACUUCCUGAGACAUUUGGUGAUUUGACUAACCUCAGAGAAUUGGAUCUCAGCAAUAAUCAAAUUCAUGCGCUUCCUGAUACAUUUGGUCGCCUUGAUAAUUUGACCAAGCUAAACUUGGAGCAGAAUCCUCUUGAAUUGCCACCAAUGGAGAUUGUAAAUCAAGGGGUGGAAGCCAUAAAGAAUUUUAUGGCCAAGAGGUGGAUUGAUAUAUUGAUGGAGGAAGAAAGGAAAAGCAAUCAAGAAAUGCAAGAACAAGAACAAGAACAGGGUGGUUGGUUAACACGAAGCACCUCCUGGUUGAAAAAUAUGUCUGGAAAUGUAAUUGGUUAUCUUGGAACGGCCGUUGGAUCUCCUACACCCAAAUCUCCCAGAGAUGCUUAUCUUGAUCAGCAGUUAUGAGGUGAUGGUCCAAUGCAUAUUGGGACUGUCAGAGUUGUAUUUUAGAGCAAUAUUAUAGAUACUAUCUUCUGCUUAACAAUUCCCUGCUACUACUCCCAGGUGAGCCCAACCCAAGGCAGGGUGGGAGAUACUAUGCCUACAGAUAUUUUUGUUUAGCUUGUGCUAUUUGGACUGAUAAAAAAGAUGAAUUUUGUGGAAUGAAAUGAACAAUGCAAGGUUCCAUGUUUUAUAUACUAACCUCCGUUGAUUCUUUCUUCUUCUCUUAAUCAGUCUGAUAUAUUCACUCGUCAUCACAUCAUAUAUCAAAAUAUAAUUUUAAAAUAGUGGAAUAUCAUGUCUGACAGCAUUUUUGUUUCUGUAAAAGUAAUCUUAACCAAAUAAUAUAUUU